AUGGCUUCUUCCAAUCACACAAGUACCAGUCACAUUGUGUUCAUCUUGCUGGGUAUCCCUGGCCUGGAAGCCCAGCACAUAUGGAUCUCCAUCCCCUUCUGUUUCUCCUACCUAGUUGCUCUUCUUGGCAACAGCUUUCUCAUCUUUGUCAUCAUCAAAGAACGCAGCCUCCAUGAGCCCAUGUACCUCUUCCUCUCCAUGCUUGCAGGGACUGACCUUAUCCUCUCUACCACAGCUUUGCCCAAGGCUUUGGCCAUCUUCUGGUUUCAGGCUGGAGAGAUCUCCCUGGAUGGUUGUGUCACUCAGAUUUUUUUCAUCCAUUCCACAUUCAUUGCUGAGUCAGGAAUCCUGUUGGCAAUGGCAUUUGACCGCUACGUGGCCAUCUGUGACCCACUGAGAUAUUCCAAUAUCCUUAGCCACAAGAUAAUAGGGUAUAUUGGUCUGGCUGUCAUUGUGAGGAGCUUUUGUGUGAUUCUUCCUGAUGUGUUUCUGGUUAAGAGGCUACCCUUCUGCCGCAGCCGAGUACUCCCCCAUACUUACUGUGAGCAUAUGGCUGUGGCCAAGUUUGCUUGUGCUGACAUUCGUGUGAACAUCUGGUAUGGCCUGUCUGUCCUUCUCUCCACAGUGGUGCUAGAUGCCCUGCUCAUAGCCCUUUCCUACAUCCUCAUUCUCCGGGCUGUUUUCCAUCUCCCAUCUCAGGGAGCUCGUCGCAAAGCUUUGGGCACAUGCGGCUCUCACCUUGGAGUUAUCUCCAUGUUUUACCUUCCAGGCAUUUUCACUAUCAUCACCCAGAGGUUUGGGCGCCAUGUGCCCCUUCACACCCACAUUCUCCUGGCUAAUGUCUGUAUGCUGGCUCCUCCCAUGCUGAAUCCCAUUAUUUAUGGAGUGAAAACUAAGCAGGUCCGGGACCGUGUGAUCAAUUUCCUAUCAUCAAUGGGAAAGUAA